AUGACUAUGGCAAUGCCGCAAGGAAACGCGGUCUUCCCGCGAAGCCACGUCGGCUUUGACAGCAUCACCCAACAAAUUGAAAAGAAGCUGUUGAAGAGAGGUUUCCAAUUCAAUGUCAUCUGCGUCGGUCAAACCGGUCUCGGAAAAUCUACUUUGAUCAACACCAUCUUCGCAUCUCACCUCAUCGACUCCAAGGGUCGUCUGCGACCAGAUGAGCAGAUCCGUUCCACCACCGAGAUCCAGACCGUCUCACACAGUGAGUCUUGGGAUCCUAUUGUGAAAUACAUCAAAGACCAGCAUUCUGCCUACCUCCGAAAAGAACUCACUGCCCAGCGCGAGCGCUACAUCCAAGAUACUCGCAUUCACUGCUGCCUCUUCUUCAUCCAGCCCUCCGGCCACGCCCUCAAGCCUAUCGACAUUGUGGUCUUGAAGAAGCUCUCUGAUGUUGUCAAUGUCGUUCCGGUCAUUGCAAAGGCCGACUCACUCACACUUGAGGAGCGCAGGGCGUUCAAAGAGCGCAUCAAGGAGGAGUUUGCCUUCCACAAUCUCAAGAUGUAUCCAUAUGACAAUGAAGAACUAGAUGACGAGGAGCGAGCCACCAAUGCGACCAUCAAGGACAUCAUUCCGUUCGCAGUCGUCGGCAGCGAGAAGUCCAUCAUUGUUAAUGGCAAGCAAGUCCGUGGCCGACAGAACAAAUGGGGAGUGAUCAACGUUGAGGAUGAGAACCAUUGCGAAUUUGUCUACCUCAGGAACUUCCUCACCCGCACCCACCUCCAAGAUCUCAUUGAAACCACCAGCCAGAUUCACUACGAGACAUUCAGAGCCAAGCAACUGCUGGCCCUCAAGGAGAGCAGCGCUGCAAGUGGUAUGGCUGGAAGCCGGCCCAUCAGCCCUGCUGCGGAUCGAGAAUUGAGUAGAAGUUCGCAGCGUAUGACCAUGAACGGAUAUUGA